CUACACACAGACUUGGAUGUCGGCGGCAAGAACAUCAAAUAUGUUCUGGCAGGAGAGGGGGCAGGCACCAUCUUCGCCAUCAAUGAGUUAACGGGAGACAUCCACGCCAUGAAGAGGCUGGACCGCGAAGAGAAAGCAGAGUACACGCUAACGGCCCAGGUCAUUAACGCCGACACAGACGAGCCUUUGGAGCCACCGUCCGAGUUCAUCAUCAAAGUCCAGGACAUAAACGACAAUCCACCGCAGUUCAUUGAAGGCCCGUACCGGGCAUCCGUUCCAGAAAUGUCUGGGGUUGGUACCCCGGUUACCAGGGUAACAGCCACAGAUGCCGAUGAUCCGGUGUACGGGAACAGCGCUAAGCUCAUCUACAGCAUCCUGGACGGACAGCCGUAUUUUUCCGUGGAUCCAAACUCUGCUACCAUAAAAAUCGCUCUCCAUGGGAUGGAUCGGGAGAUGAGAGAGGAGUACCUGGUGGUGAUACAGGCUAAAGAUAUGGGAGGUCAUAUGGGUGGCUUGUCUGGAACGACCACCGUGACCAUCACGCUAACGGACAUUAACGACAAUCCACCCAAGUUCACCAAAAGUUUGUACGAGUUUGGAAUCCCUGAAGACCUACCGAUAGGGAAGACAGGCGGCAAGGUGAAGGCGGAUGAUCGAGACAUCGGGGAAAACGCCAAGUCGACAUACAACAUCAUAGAGGGAGAUGACCUGGGCAUUUUCGAGAUCGUUACAGAUGCACAAACACAAGAAGGGAUUCUCAGGCUAAAAAAGCCUCUAGAUUACGAGAGCAAGAAAGCCUACACGCUGAAGGUCGAAGCCACCAACAUUCGCUCGGAGCCCGGCAGCGGCGGACCCUUCAAGGAUACAGCCACAGUCAAGAUAGUGGUCGAAGACGCUGAUGAGCCUCCAGUCUUCUCCAAACCCAUGUAUUUACUGGAAGUGAGCGAGAACGCCCCCAUCAACAAAGUCAUAGGGACGGUCACCGCCAGGGACCCAGACUCCUCGGGGAGCCCCAUCAGGUACUUCAUCGAUCGGCACACAGAUCUGGAGAGGCAGUUCAACAUCAACGUGGACGACGGGAAGAUCACGCUGGCCAAGCCGCUGGACCGGGAGACAGACAUGUGGCACAACAUCACAGUGACCGCCGCCGAAGUCGGAAACUACAGUCAGAUAUCAAGAGCAAUUGUGGCCAUCAGAGUAAUGGACAUUAACGACAAUGCCCCUGAGUUCGCCACCGAAUACGAGGCCUUUCUGUGUGAAAAUGGAAAACCUGGACAGGUGAUUCAGACUGUCAGUGCUGUAGACAAAGAUGACCCAAUCCAGGGCCACUACUUUGACUAUAGCCUGGUCCCAGAGAUGUUCAACAAUCCCAACUUCACCAUCAAAAACAACCAAGGUGAGAAACAAAAUAGAUCUGCUUGAAUCAGCUGUUUUUGU